AAGCUCUGCUGCCUGUAAGAAAACGGUCCAGUUCAGCCGGUGUACCUACGUAACUAAAAUGGCGGCGUCCUUGAGACACUCAGCGUUAUUUACACUGUGUAGGCAGUUAAAUUCCUCACUAUGGCUGAACACUGGAGGGAGGAGCAUCCACUCCACUGCAGUCUGUUGUAAGAAUCGUGCAGCCCGUAUUCGUGUGGGUAAAGGCGACCGUCCAGUGACCUAUGAGCAGGCUCUGCACCCUCACCAGAUAGCCCACAGAAAGGGAUGGCUCUCACAGCAUACAAGUAACCUCCAAGGAGAGGACGGUGCUGCAGAUCGGACUGUAGAAGAUGUCUUCAUCCGGCGUCUCGUAUAUGGCACGUUCCACGGAUGUUUAGCUGACGAACUGGUCAUUAAGCGCAGAGGCAACCUCCUGGUCAUUUGUGCUCUGAUGCUACAGAAGCUCCCUCCACAUAAAUAUUAUUUCCUUGUCGGUUACACCGAAGAAUUGCUGUCACACUUUUACAAGUGUCCAGUAAAGAUGGAGAUACAGACACUAGAGGAAAAAGCCGUCUACAAGUAUCUGUAAGACCUUCUGAUUGGUUUAUUCUGGUAAUAGAGGAAGACCUGAAAGAUACAGCAGGAUUUCCAUCAAGUUAAUACUGUUCUUGGUAUAAAUCUGAAUUCCAUGUGAAUGUAAGUGGGUUGAUUUUUUUUUUUUGUCACUCUUGUGCCCUGUAUGCAAAUUUCUAAAUGUAAUAAUUCCAAUAAUAUAGAAAUAAUAAAAUGCUGUAAAUAUGAGAGUAACUGGGCAACCGGAUGUGUUUUUUGUUGGAUAAUUUCUGUCUGCAGAAUUAAGUUUGAAUUUCUAUGCUUAUAAAAACAAUCCAGUGUGGAACCUAUGAAGCUACACUUCGGUCAGCAAACGAGACAAAAGGCAAGAAAAUAUAUGCUGCUGUGAAAACCUUGUAUCUCCAUUUUUGGCGAUUUUCAGUUCUUGACGUAAUUUGAAAAAGCCUGU